AUGGCCAAUGACAGGUUUGGCUAUGCUCCAGUACAAGAAAGUCUCAGCUGCCUGGCCAAGGACAACUCUAUCUACAUGGUGGCAAAUAUUGGGGACAAGAAACAGUGCAAUGCCAGUGACCCCCAGUGUCCCUCUCAUGGUCAUAACCAAUACAACACUGAUGUGGUGUUUGAUUCUGAGGGUAGGCUGGUGACACACUACCAUAGGUACAAUCUUUUUGCACAUGAAAUUCAGUUUGAUUUCCCCAAAGAUUCAGAAUUUGGGACUUUUGACACUCUUUUUGGGAAGUUUGACAUUUUCACUUGCUUUGACAUUUUUUCUCAUGAUCCGGCUGUAGUCGUGGUGGAAAAGUUUCAAGUUGACAGUGUUCUCUUCCCUACGGCAUGGGGCAACACGCUGCCCCUCCUCUCAGCUGUCCCCUUCCACUCGUCAUGGGCCAGAGGCAUGAGAGUUAACCUGCUUGCAGCAAAUGCCCACAAUGCCACCGAGCAUAUGACAGGGAGUGGAAUCUACAUGCCUGAAGCAGUCAAGGUGUGUCACUAUGACGUGGAAACAGAGAGCGGCCAGCUGUUGCUCUGCAUGAAGUCCUGGCCUCAAAGUGAACCCUCCUACCCUGCACCUGUUGGCUGGAAUGCUUAUGCCAAAGGCAUCCAGCAGUUCUCAUCUGAACAGUCGGACUUUCCUGGGAUGUUUUAUUUUGAUGAGUUCACCUUCACUGAGCUUAAGAAGCACACCGUUUGCCAGAAAGACCUGUGCUGUCACUUAACUUACAAGAUGUCUGAGAAGCGAGCAGGUAAGAUGUACGCACUGGGAGCUUUUGAUGGACUGCUCACAGUAGAAGGCCAAUAUUACCUGCAGAUAUACACGUUACUGAAGUGUCAAACUACUGACCUGAGAACUUGUGGGGAGCCCAUUGGAUCUGCUUUUACCAAGUUUGAAGAAUUCUCCCUCAGUGGCACAUUUGGAACGAGUUAUGUUUUUCCACAGAUCACUCUAAGUGGGACUCAGCUUGCCCCCCAAACGCAUUAUGAGAUUUCAAGAGACGGACGUCUGAAGAGCAGAAGCGGAGCCCCUUUGCCUGUCUUAGCUAUGGCCCUGUAUGGAAGAGUGUUCAAGGAGGACUCUCUGGAAUUAGGGCAGGGGCCAGGGAAAUUAGAAUGA